AUGGGUACCCCAACACACCUGUCCCCAACAGACUUUCUCUUUGUUGGCCCAGACACAGCCCUCACUCGCCCGGAGCACAUCAUGCACUGCGGCUGCGUGGCCGACGGUGUCCCUGCCAUCGCUGGCAACUCCUGGAUCUCAGGCCUGGCCUUCCCCGACUGGGCCUACAAAGCCGAGUCAUCCCCAGGCUCCCGGCAGAUCCAGCUGUGGCACUUUAUCCUGGAGCUGCUGCAGAAGGAGGAGUUCCGCCAUGUCAUCGCCUGGCAGCAGGGAGAAUACGGGGAAUUCGUCAUCAAGGAUCCCGACGAGGUGGCCCGCCUCUGGGGCCGCAGGAAGUGCAAACCACAGAUGAAUUAUGACAAGCUGAGCCGGGCCCUGAGGUAUUAUUACAAUAAGAGGAUCCUGCACAAGACCAAAGGCAAAAGGUUCACUUACAAGUUCAACUUCAGCAAGCUCAUCAUAGUCAACUAUCCCCUGUGGGAGCUGCGGGCACCUCCAAGCCCCCACUUGCUGCUGGGGGCCCCUGCCCUGUUUCGCCCGGCACUGGUGCCCAUGGGCCUGCAGAGUGAGCUCCUGCACAGCAUGCUGUCCACCCAUCGGGCCAUGGCAGAGCAGCUGGCUGGAGAGCGGACCCCUCGAGGGCCACCAGAGGCCUCUAGGGACAAGAAGGAGAGCAGCAACAGUAUCCACCGACUUGGACUUGGCUCUGCCCCAGCCCCCUGCCGGCUCGGCCCCUGCUGCCAUUUGGGGAGCCCCCAAGAGGAGCUGCCCAGUUUUGCCUCCUUCACCCCGCCCCUGCCACCCCCGGGCCCCUCCGACUGGCCCCGCCUCUCAGGGCCCUUCCUGCCCCCUCUCCCCGCAGAGCAGCCCUUCCCGGGAUCCUGCACGCCCGACGCCCUGCUCCCAGAGCCCGCGCGCCCCCCAGCGACCCGGCAUUUCCCGGGGUUCCCUCUGUUGGCCGGGCUGGCCCAGGGGGCUGGGGAGAGGCUCCGGCUCUUGUCCCUGAGGCCCGAGGGGCUGGAGGUAAAGCCCGAUCCCGCGAUGGAUCCCAGGGAGGGUUUCUCCUCAGAAAGGCGGGGACCCAAACCUGGAGAGGAAAACCCCGGGUCCCGCGAUCUGGAGAACUUUAAAGCAGUGUGGCCCCUGGAUCCUCCUUAACGGGGCGGAAGAUGCGAAGUGCGGGGGUCCUUCCAACCCCAUCUCUCCUCUUGUCUACCUCCCUUCUGGCUUUGCACCUCUCCCUGGGUGGAAACAGCUUUAAGCUGCAGGAGGCUUUGAAGGGAUAGAGUUGAAACCUAAGGGAUGGAGGGCAUGGAAGGAAAGGAGCAUAUGUGGGGAAGGGGAAAAGAGAGGCAGAGCGCCCCCUCCCACCAAAUU